AUGAACGUUGAAAGUUGGAAACGGAGAUCCUCAUCUGGGAUGGCCUUGACUCUCUCGGCUACCGCGCCCUAUGAUGUGCCCAGCACUCCGACUGAGAUCAAGUCUCCCCGAGUAUUAACUCGAGCCCUUCGAUCUAUAAGCAGCUCUUCCAUACACUCAAUGACCAGUGGCCCCACGAGGAGCAGCAAUUCCACUCGACGGCUUCAGAAGAAUCCCUCGUCCAGUUCAUCUUCCAUGUUCGACAGGCUGCAAAGAAGAAUGUCCAGCCAAUCCCCGGGUUCCGAUCGUCCGGAGAGCCCAGUCGAGCAGCUACAGCCCUAUUCGUCCAUGGAAAUUCUACAAUGCGGGCCACUAAAGGCCGACGUUUCGCUUCUCAAAGCUCGAUCCGAGUACCUGGUUCUUUCCGACCAAGUCUUAGUCAAGCUGAGCGGCGGAGAUGCUGCAAGGGCCGCUUUUCCACAACUCAAUCCUCAUGAUCCACAUGCUCGGGAUCCAGCUCGUUACCAGCAGUCUUCUGGCAAAUUCUCGUCGAGUGAUGUCCGCCUUGAGAUUCCCUUGCGCUCCCUAAUCGCAGUUUUCAACGACGAUGGCCCCAGCAACCGAUCUGGCAUCGAGGUCUGGUGGUUUUCUCCCUGGCCCAGACUAGCUUACUCCAAGGCUCAUUUCUACUUCUCUGUACCCAAGGAGCGAGACGACUGGCUUGAUGCGAUUCACCGCGCGUGCAGGUCAAAACUAAGGCAAACGCCUGGAAGCUCCUUGAUAGCGGAUAACCUAAGAAGCCGCAUUGACCACCUCGUUCGCUCCGCGGAGGGCUCAGCCGAUGUGGGCUACCAGAGCAUCAUUUUUCCCGUAGCAAGACGAGUGUUUGGUCCAAAGAGCGCAGGGGUGGAAGAAGCCCCUGAUAACACCGACAUUUCCUCGUUCUUCCUCAUCAUCGGACCAUGCAUGUGCCAUUUUGUCGAAGUUCUCAAGGCUGACCAUUUUACCGCACCCGGAGACUUAAGAGUGAAAGCAACAUCCUAUGGAACGGUAACUCUGACUCGUUUCAGAGCUUCCGUGGCAUCUCACGAACAUCGAUUCAUCAUGUACUUUCGAUUACCAUUUGGACGAGAGUCAAGAGUUGACUUGGCAAGCACCCAUUACCGAAGAAUCAUCGAGACUCUCACCAAAGCAGAUCGCAAUCUGAAGCCCAUGUGGCCCCAGCAUUUUCAGCAGGUCAUCUUCGACGUCAAAGGCCUACCUCCACCACUUCAACUUACCUCGGGUAAUGAUCUCGGCGGUCUGAAGCGGAGCUUGGAGGCAUAUUGCGCCGCUUUCCAAGUCCGGGUACCCAGUUGGACUAUCGAAUGGAGUCCUCCACCUCAGCCAGCCUUCCGACUGUUACCUCAGACGGGCCAGGCAUAUUUACCCCUUCAACUUCUCGCAGUCUUUCGAGCUUUGCGUUACAACAGCUUCUUCAAGGCCAUUUCCUUCCGCGGGGUAGAUCUUAGCCCACUGGCAGGCAGGAACGACAAGACACAGUACGGGGACUCGCUGGCUUACAAGUCGCUAAAUGGAGUGACAAUAUCGGAAGACCAUCACGAGCUCCUCUCUCAAGCAACAAUCCUGGAACAGGAAGUUCACGCGCUGUUAUUUGCCUCGGAGUCGAUUCGCUGCCUUGAUGUCUCAGACGUUCUUGGACUCGCUGGCAGGAAGAAUAAUAGGCUUAGCCGUCUUCAAUGCGACAUGGCUAGCCUCAGCAAGACAACCUCUGAGAUUUUGAGGCCUUUCCUGGAGUUGCUGAGGCGGAAACUGUGCGUUUGCCACAGCAUCUCUUUAUCUGGGAAUCCCGUAGCUGCCGGCGACCUGGAUGAGCUAGCGAACCUUCUAAUGCUCGAGCAAGUUCAUGUGCGGCGUAUGGAUCUAUCAAAGUGCUCGUUAGGCGACAGCGGGUUAUCACGGUUGUGGAUGAGUCUUGCCGGCCAGUCAAACUCUCUCGAGUGGUUAGACACUUCCGAUAAUCAGGGAACCGUGCGAUUCGAGACCAUCAAAAGCACGCUGAGAAGAAUGAAGAGACUUUGCAAGCUCAAGAUUGCCGGCAACACUCGAAUCCUGUCUGAUGAGCCGUUAUUUGAUGAGAUGACGAUGCAAGAGUGGGAACUGCAAGAGCUCGACCUCUCCGGAAUCGCCCUGAAUACCGCUACGGUUGAUGUCAUAUCAAACUACCUGGCAACAGACAAGUCGAAAAGCCUCCAGGCUCUGCGGCUCAACAACACCGGCCUCACUGGCGGGCAACUCGCCAAGAUAUUUCAGGCGAUGGGGCGCGCAAGGCCAAUGGAGCUUCACAUCAACGGUAGCCGCAUUGACGAGGGCGCGGAUGAGCUGGUCAUGGCUAUCAGCGAAGAUUACGGUCCAUGGUGUCUUUUUGCACAAAUGAUAGAAUUCGCGGUGGAAACGAAUUACAUCAAGAUUCUCAGGGCUUUGACCAGUAACCAGUCCAUUGAAUGCCUCAACCUUGCUGGCACUUCUACUCCCGAUGCUGCCAGCGGGGCUGCCUGCCAAGCGAUCGCGGACUUUUUCGCCCAGAAUCGUAGCGUUCGUUACCUUGAUAUAUCCGGCUUCGACUCAAAGUUGGACGAGGGCAGACUCGGAAGGGAGUUUUCCAAGUCACUGAUUGGGUUGCGGACAAACAAGAGCAUCGAGCAUCUCCGAGUGCGCAGUCAGAUGCUCAACAUCAACAUCGGGGAUCUUGCCGAGGCCAUCGCCGUGAACAGGACCCUCCAAACACUCGACUGCGAGGGCAAUGACUUUAGCCUCUCCAAUUAUAGGCAUCUCGUACAGUCCUUGGAACAAAACACCACCAUUCGGUACUUUUCUGCUUUCGCACCCGAGGAACUCAACAAGGCUAUCACCCGAUGCACGGAAACAGCAGUCAAUGUGGUUCCAGUUCGAAGAACAUCCGUCAUAUCCAGGUUCAAGCAAGACAGAAACGAGAACGGACAGACUAAACCGCUGAUGCAGCGUUUGAAGGACGAGUGGGAUGGUACGGGAGCAGACUUGGCGCGGAUUCUUCAGCACAACCAAGCUCUCCUUGACCAAGAAAUGUUGGCAGAUCAGAGUGACGGCUCUUCCCAGGAAUACUGGAGAUGUUGUAACGUUGCCGAUGCGGCGCUCUCCGCCGCUUUCGGAGGAUUGGCGUUCCGGGAUCUUGAAGUUCAACGCGCCAAGGGCAGGCGGACUUCGCAGGACUCGCAGCUUGCCCUGGCGGUUGAUUUGUCUGGCAGACGACACAGUCACAGUCACAGUCGCCAAAGCUCUUUGGGGUCGCGGGACUUUGCUCGGCCAGUCUCGAUCCUGUCCAGCGAGGCGGCGGUGAGCCCAUCUACAGAAGAGGCCAGUAACGGAUCAGGAGGUGUGCCAACACCGCCGGAGUUUGACAGUGCGACGGAUCAAGACUCUGAAUUGAUGACGCCGCCAUUUGAUGAUGACGCGGCGUUUUAUUAUAUUUACUACGAUGGUCGCGAGGUGGACGACGUGCUGCAGUUGAAAAGAAAUAGGCGAUACUUGGGUGACCCAACCAGUCGUAUCGACGAAGAGGACAGCUAG